GGUUCUUAUAGAUCACCAGACGUUUACAAUGCAUUAGUUCUAGCCCAUAGCUUGAGAAGACAACAAGUUCUAUUUCAACUGUAUUCCAGUUUCAAACAUGUUUAAGGAAACUGCUCUUCUGAUAACGAUUCUGUCAACCGUUUGUGUAUGUAUUCCAACGCCACAAUUACAGUUCGAAUCAAAUUCUCUGCCACUGGGUGCCAUUUCUCACGAUGGGCAGGAUGACUUGGUCGGUGCUGAAUCGGCUCAUCAAGGUGGCGGAGGAGGAUUUGGCGGCGGUGGAUUUGGUGGUGGUGGAUUCGGAGGAGGUGGAUAUGGUGGUGGCCAUGGAGGAUACGGUGGCUACGGAGGAUAUGGUGGCUAUGGCGGUUACGGUGGUGGUGGAUACGGAGGAUAUGGAGGAUACAGGAGAGGCUAUGGUGGAUACGGAUACCCAUAUGUAGGGGCUGGAAUCGGUGGGUUAGGAAUACUAGGACGUUGACAAAGUGAUGCAGAAAAUUGUUUCUGGUAAUAGUUUAUGAAAGUUAAGCUUUAAUUUAUAGUGUAAAUUAAUUUCACGUCGUUUGUAAAUUGAUUGUAACUGUAAUAAACUAAAUAAAUGGAUAACAAAACGGC